AUGCAAAAUUUGAGAAGAUCAACACGGCCUGCAGCUGAUACUCCCAAGGCAAUAUCGGGACGUAUAUUCAAUGGCAAAGGUGUUCUGGUCCGGGAUGGUUUAUUUUUCUUCCCUGCCCGUCUCAUUCAGAAAGGCCAUAAGUUUUGCUCUAUCCGAUGGUGGAGGCACAAUAUACCUGCACCUGGUUCUUCACAACAACCUGGAAAGAUUGCCAAGGUAUCUAUUGAAGAUAUUAAAGAUGAGUUAUGGCAGAACAGAGCAGCCAGGAGGAGAAUUCGGCUUGGCAAAUGGGUACGAGCAUUUAUUGCAGAGGAACAAGCAGAGGCUGCUUGGGAAGAUCCAAAGUUCCUUCCAUUCAGUUCUGAGAUUGACAGGGCUUUACAACCAAAUAUAGGAAUACUGACUCAACUUAUGAAUAAUCCAGAUAGUGUUAUAGAUAGUUUGUGCCCAGCCAAAAAAUGGCAAGCUGGCAUGAAAAGAGCUACCAAAGCCAUAGAGCACUCUGGAGGACUCACUGUAGAUGAUUGUGCUCGUAUCAAUAACUGGUUCUAUACAGUGAUACCAGGUGCUUCACAAAAGCAGCAUAUAUGGAUCGGUGCCCUACCUAUUGCACAUGCUCGCACCUUGGUACUUUUGCACCGGCAUCAAUCAGAAUUCAUUCAUGAAGUAGAAGGGGCCAGUAUAGUUGAACUAGCAUUUAAUAGACUUGUAGCUUGGACAGGGAAAACAGUUGAUGGGAAGGACAAGUUGUAUGAAAGAGUUGAUGUGGAUCUAGAGGCAUUGCAGUUACUCGAAAAAUCAGUUUUUGAUAUUUCUGAGGAUGCAGGAGUUGCAGGAAAUCAACAAUGGGGUCUUGAUGCUGGAUCUCAUCUGCAAAACUGGAAUCCCUGGCUAGAGUAUGGUCCUGAAAGCCAUUGCACAAACAAACGUGAAGGAGAUGAUGAGGUUGAGUGCCAGCAUGGCCCAGAUUUUAUAGAUGACCAGAAACAACACUUAAUAAAUACAUUCAGCAAUCAGCCAAAAGCACGGCCUAAUCAAGUCAAAAAGCGGUGGAUAAAUGAUGAUAAUUUGGCCAAGGAGAACUCCAAAAAGCAAAAAAUGAAUGUAUAA